AUGCAUUAUGGCCUUGAAAGUGAACCAAAAGCCAUAAUCACGUAUGAAAUUGCCACAAAGACGAGAGUAUCCCCUAUAGGAUUUUGGGUCAACCCUUAGUUCCCAUUUCUUGGUUGUUCUCCAGAUGACAUUGUUGGCAAUGACACUGUUGUAGAGAUCAAAGCAUUGAAAAUCUUUGAGCAGUACAGGGUAGACAGUUGCAUGCAAAAACUCUUCAGUGGCUAAGAAUGUUCUUGGUAGGCAAUGCUUUAAAGAAGAGGAUGGGAAGUGUGUCCUGAAGCACACUCAUGCGUAUUAUUACGUGUGCCAGCACAUCCCUCUUGUGACAGGAAGAAAGUACUGUGAUUUUAUUCUUCAUGCAGUAAGUGGUCCUGAUUCAGUAGAAAGGAUUCCAAGAGAUAAGCCUCUCAUUAAGAAAAUUUUCUGUUUUCUGACAGCAUUGUGGAUGCUCGUUAUUGCCCCUGAAGUGUUUGAAAUGCGUGUCCCUAGGAAUCUCCUGCCAUUUGUUUUAGAUGAGUCAGCAGAGAGCUUGUAUUCCUCCAAAUGGUCUCCUUCGGAAUCACCUGAUUGUGGUGUUAUACCUGGAGACCCUACCACAUCUACUUCUUCUUUUGAGUCUGUAGAACAAUUUGCAGCCCCUGAAUGCACAUCGCCCACUGCUACUAUGGAUCCUGUACCACCUGCAGCAUGUUCACCUGCGUCACCUGUGUCAUAUCCUGACUUGUGCGGAACCAUAGAAUCUGAAUUGGUUGAAGAGUCUAUCCAACCGAGCUUAUACUGCCAAGAAGAAAUUGAUGCUGCAGAAGCUCUCCUCUCGGCCACCAGUGUUGUUUCCAGUUGUAGUAAACGUGCUUCUGAACAAGGCCAGGAGGUGACUGUCUUUCCUUGGAAUGGACUGACAAGCACUGGGAUAUCAAUUACCAAUACUUGUCCUUUGGAUAAUUGGCUGAUGAUUUUUCAGGCUCUGACCAAAUCACACAAGGUGGAGCUCAGUAACCUUCCAGAGUCAGCUCACAUAAUAGGGACAUUCCUUAGGCUCAUAGAUGAUGGCCUAUAUGCAGAUGCAAAGUUGCUUAUCUUGCAGUCUCUUCCACAAUGGCAGCAAUUAAGAGGUAUGCAUACACUGUUUUUAUUUUUCACUUUUAAAAAUUAUCAUUUAAUGUUACACAGACUUCUGGGUCAAUUAAAUUCAGGUUAAAAUUUUAAUUUUGUUCAAUUCUCUAUUUCCUUUCUCUUGUAGCCUUAAUUAUUCAUGGGUUAGGGUUAGGAGACAAAACAAUCUGAAGACAAAAAACUUACCUGGAUCUUAUUUUUACCUCUCACAUGUAAUACAAUGCGUCAUUGAGCACUUUUAUAAUAGAGCUAACUGCUUUUAAUGAUCAUAAUGUUGGCAAAGAUUGGUAAGAUGAAAAGAAAAUAUAUAUUAAUAUUAAAAAUAUUAUAAUAAAUUCAAUUUUUGUGUUAUAUUCUUUAUUUUAAAGUUGUUGCUGGUACCCUGGACUUCUAUGGCAAUGAGAGCGACUAUUUCUGGAUACUCCUUCGUCCAUACCUGACAAGCACCAUAACAACAACCUGUUGCCUUAAAACUUGUCCGCUGCAAGUACACUUAGUGCUGUCUAUGUCAGUCACCCUGUCACAGCCCUCCAAACUUACAAGCAGUAUUUUUCUGGAUACCCUUGAAGACUGCCAGCACCAACCUGAUUCCCAGUGUGGAAGGAAAUUUUCUAACAAGCCAGCAGAAGAAAUCCCUUUCAAUGAGGAUGUGACUUUUGAUGAACAUGGACAUGCAGACACCUCAUGGCAUUGCGCAGGGGUGAGGGUUAGCAGCCAUCGUGUUAUGUUGAAGUAAUCUUAAAUUGUCAAACACGCCACAAGCAAUUUUUUUUGUUUGGGAAAUGCUUUACACUGUAUGGGGCAACACUGUGGAAAUGGGGGUCACUACAUUUACCUUCUAUUAUAAUAUCUGAUACAUGUAUGAUGGUUUGAAUGCAUAAAUCUGACCAUGAUUGCUACUCGUAUAAUUUUGUAUGUUAUUUUGGAAUUUGAAAAAUGAAAAAUCUUGGACAAUUUUUUACUUUUCUUGGACCUAUAAGCAUGUUUACUUUUACUAUUCUUUUUUUUGGGGUGGGUCCAUUUUAAUGAAAGACAUAACAAAUCAUGCUUUAAAGGUCCAUGUUCACCCAUGUGGCUUUGUGCGCUUGUGUUGUUGUUUUGAAACACCUUUUUGUCAAAUGCAGUGUUUUGAUUGGCUGACACAUUUAUGGGGUGUUCACUUUUUUCAUGUUUGGCCAAAGCGUGCCUCUACACAUACUGAAGACAGCUAUUUUCAACUACCCAAAAUCAUUUUCCUGGAUUACAGGGUGCGCAAUGCAUUUAGGGUGAACAUGGGCCUUUAAAAGGACACUUGUAGACAUCAUUAUUCUUUGUUUGCUUAGUGUUCGAAUCUUGGUUGAUGAAAGUGACAAAAAAUGUACAGUAGUAGGAUAAUCGUAACUUGGUUUAUUCUCAGUUAACAGUUAAUGUUUUCAUGUGUAUAUCAUUGUAUUUCUAUCCAGUAAAGGCAUUUUAAUUUUCUGAUGGUUAGACUGAGAAAUGUCCAUCAGAAAAUGUAAGCUGAAAUUUUGAUAUUUUUAUUUAAACAAACUUAUGUAGUUUCAGUCAUUGACGUGCAGCUUGUGCAGGUGUCAAAUUCAAAUCAAAUUCUUGUUCCUGCUACAUGUAAAAAUGAAGUUUCUUUGAGUUUUAAAAAUAUUUUUAAAAAUUAACAUCCAUAUUUUGUGUACAGGUGUAGACAUGUAAAUAAGAUUUAUUCCUCAAAAUGUUCUGUUUGUAUAGAAUAUAAACAUAGCUUGUUGCAAGCAAUAGAUAAUAAAUUAUUAUUCAUAUUAUCAUUAAUAAGAUUAUAUUGUAUUAUGAUUUGUCUGUCGCUUUCGCUCUUUUGCAACCUCUCCAGAACUUUAGAUAAGUUUUACAAGAGGUUCAACGAGGAGGGUAUAGAGGUUGGUAUGAAAUAAGGGGCCCUUAUCUUAGAGUAUUGACCCUUACAAGAGGUCAAUUUUCCUAUCCUUGCAUCAAUUCACAAAAAUGCAAUACCAAUAGGUUACCAGGUGUCAAUCAAAAUUUACCUUAUAUCUCAAAUUAAUGGCAAAUCCUACAAGGAGCAAUAUAAAGACCCAGCAGAUAAAGGGUGCCUUUCUUUGGGAUGAUCCGGAUCAGGAUCAGUGA